AUGACAUCAGGCGAGCCAAACGGCGGUUUCGACUCCGGUAUAUUGCCUCCAAGCCACGUUCGUGACCCAGGCUUGAGCAAAGCCGACAACGGCUCUCAGAGCACGCUGUCGCCAAACACUUUUGUUGGUACCGAUCAGAUCAUACCAACACCCAGCCAGUCCAUAGACUCUGCUGCUGCUUCUUUUUCUUCCAAGUCUGCUGCAACAUUACCACCGUCAGUUUUGAACCAACCUGCACCCAUGUCGAUACCUGGUAGCGCUUUGCCCUCACCCGCACACCAGGGGCAGCCGGGCUUGCCAGUAGCCAGCUGCGCCACUUCUCCACCUUCCUCGCGACUUGUUGCCGCCGCUUCUGGGCUGCGUAGUCCACCUUCGGCUCGGCAACUGUCACUCAACGGACCAAUGUGCGAACGUGAAAUCAGGGCGCGCGAGAUGAUGAGCGAUUCGGACACAGAGUCCAACCUCUCUUCGCGCCCACCUACCCCGGACCGCCACCGCUUUCCCAAGCAUCGGCUCAGCGGCAUGCAGUCCAAAGACUCGUUUGUCGUUAAACACGGUGGCGGAGCCGACGGUGAUGACAGCAAUAGCCUCAAGCUAGUACGUGAAGUCAGUCCGUACGAUCUGUCGCACGCUGGCGAAGUGUCCGCGCCGUUGUCGAUCGCGCAGCUCGACAGCGUUCCGCCGACGCCGCUGACCGCUGUGCCUCUCGGGAAGUCUCUGCGCGGCGCUCAGCAAGCAUUGCAGCAGAAAACGCAAAGCCAAAAGCAGAGCUCGGGCACGCAGCAAACGAGAGACCAUACCUCCAAGAACGGCAGCAGCGACUCAUCCCGGCCUUCUUCGCCACCACCAAGGGCUAUGUCGCCCCCGAAAAGUGCAGCAACAACGCGUGUCAGUCGUUCGGGCUAUAUACCAGGCAACGGUGUCGACCAUGCUACACCUUCACCUCUGGCAUCCGCUAACGGUCGUCCGAGUGGCGCUGGCUCCGGUGCAUUCAGCGCGCCAGAAGGACCUGCGACGCCCGCUACCGAGGCUGCCAUCGAGCAGACCACCAUUGUUACACCUGUCGCCACGCGCCCAGCGCAGACAUCCACUAGUAUCAAACUAGACGGCCGAGCGCUUUUCAAGCGCAUGCUGAGCGGCAGCCAAUCGAACUCUGUCUCUGCAGCAGCGAAUGCCGGAGCCGUCUCGCCGUCCAGCCGCGGCAGCACGCCUCCCGGCAGCCCGGGCGAGAGUGUCGGAACGACCGAUGCAUCGGGUAGUCUGCUGAUGAAUGCCAUACAAAACAUGGGAAUGAUCAGUCCACCUACGAGCCAGCCCCCUUCGCGCAACGUCUCGCUGCGUCGCAAGGAGAAUGCCUCGCCUAACCGCGGUGCGAGCGGCAACACUGCCGAACAGCAGCAGCACGGUCGCCUCACCGCUGCUGCCCUGCGUGAUCUCGAUGCGAAGGGAUACACCGCCAGCGGUCCCGGUGCGUCGGCAGUGGCGCCUGGGCCACCCGUCGUCACCGGAAGCAAGACGAAAAAGGCCUCUGGCACAUCCUCGAAGGACAAGGAUCGCGAUGCGGAUGCAAAGAGCACAGCCAGCUCAACCCUGCGCGAAAUGAUCAUGGGCUCGGCACCCAAGUUGAGCCGACGCGGCAGCAGCGCCAGCGGCGGCAGUAAGAAGGGCGCCAGCCAAGGUGGCGGCGACACGGCGAGCUUGCUGAAGAAAUAUGGUGUCUGCGAAAAGGCUGCCAUUGGUAAAGGCGCCACUGCUGUUGUCCGACUUGCGCACAAAUGGGACCGCUCAACGGAGAAGUUGUAUGCUGUCAAGGAGUUCCGAAAGCGCCGCAAGAACGAAACAGAGAAGGAGUACGUCAAGAAGCUCACGUCAGAGUUUUGCAUCUCCUCCACGCUGCAUCACAUCAAUAUCGUCGAGACGGUCGAUCUGGUGCAAGACGAGAAUCGACAUUGGUGCGAGGUGAUGGAGUUCUGUCCCGGCGGGGAUUUGUACGCCGCCAUCAAGCGUGGCGGGAUGAGCCAGGCGGAGAUCGAGUGCUGCUUCAAGCAGACUAUGAAUGGCAUCGCUUAUCUGCACUCGAUGGGUGUUGCGCAUCGCGAUAUCAAGCCCGAGAAUCUCCUUCUCGACGCGCAGGGACACGUCAAGAUCACUGACUUUGGCGUCAGCGACGUUUUCCGCAUGUGCUGGGAAAAGUCGACGCAUUAUUCCAAGGGCCUCUGCGGCUCGGAGCCAUACAUUGCCCCGGAACAAUUUGAGCAGAAGGAGUACGAUGCCAGACUUGUCGACGUAUGGGCCGCCGCGGUCGUCUUCUAUUGCAUGCAAUUCCAAGAAUUGCCGUGGCGCGUGGCCAAGAUGUCCGACCCGACGUUCAAGGAAUUCGUACACUCGUACCACAGCUCGAAUGCCCCAAGCCCUCUGUCCAAUCUCUCUCCACGGGAUUGCCGGCCACUGCUUAAGAAGAUGCUCUGUCCAGAUCCAAAGCAGCGGUGGGGCACAGAGGAAAUCCUCAAGGACCCUUGGUUCGCCUCUGUCUCUGUUUGUGGCAUCGAUCUCGCUACGGAUCACAAGCAUUCAAUCCAUCUCACACUCUCUGCGGGCUGA